AUGUUACUGAUAGGAGUUGUACUUUUUCUGUUCCUUCACCUUUAUUGUAUUUUAGAGAAAGUCCAGGCAGAGAUAGAUGGAGUGAUUGGACAAAGCCGCCUGCCCACUAUGGCCGACAGACCCAACCUGCCCUACACUGAUGCUGCCAUCCAUGAAAUCCAGAGAUAUGGAAAUAUCGUUCCUCUCAAUGGAUUCAGAAUGGCUGCCAAGGACACAACACUGGGUGGUUACUUCAUCCCCAAGGGUACGACCCUGAUGCCCAUCCUGACCUCUGUACUGUUUAAAAAAACUGAGUGGGAGACUCCAGACACCUUCAACCCUGGACACUUCCUCAACUCUGAGGGAAAGUUCUUGAAGAAAGAAGCUUUCCUUCCCUUCUCUGCAGGGAAAUGUGUGUGUCUUGGAGAAAGUCUUGCCAAGAUGGAGCUGUUCCUAUUUUUGGUUGGUCUACUACAGAAGUUUUCUUUUUCUGUUCCUGAUGGAGUUGAGCUUAGCACUGAAGGAAUCACUGGAACGACACGCGUGCCUCACCCAUUCAAGGUUUACACUAAAGUGCGUUAAACUGAACGACAUCUCCCUGAGCCAUGCAACAUCUAAUCAAAGUUUAAUAGACAAGACAAACUUAAUACCUUAGGACCUGUGUCCACAGACAACGCUUUUUGUGCUGGAAACGCUGAAGACUUCCGUUUCAGAG